AUGUCAUCUUUGGAGUACAUGAAAAAGGAAUGCUUCGCAUCUGGGACCCUGUCCUCAGCUUCUCUGAAAGGAACAUUUACCAAAAUUCAGAAAAGCAGACGUAAAAGAAGAGUCGCACCAAAGACGCAGGAAGAGACAGACAGCGGCUGCAAUAUUUGCAGGUGUGUAUGUCAAUUGUGACUAUUGUUCUAUAAAUGUUAAUAGCCUACAAACCGAACACCUUAGUUUACUUUUGUAGGCCUAUCCUAUAAAGGGCUACGUUUUUGGCAAUAAUGAUGAAAACUAUUAUAAAUAUUUACAUUAGGCCUAUAGCCUUAUUUGAGCUUUUUCGCAGAAAGAUAGCCUAUUUGAUAGAGUAAGGCUAUUUGAAAGAGUAAGUGUACCAAUUUAUUAGCUCUUUGAAAAAAAGGUUCUGGAUAGAACCAAAAAGGAAAUUGGUUCCAUAUAGAACCCUAAAUGGAGCCCAAGGUUUCUAUAUGGAACUCAUUUUGGUUCAGUGAAGAAUCCAUGGACUUAAAAAAUAACCCUACAAAUGCCAUAUACACUGAGUAUACCAAACAUUAGCAACGCCUUCCUAAUACUGAGUUGCACUGGAUGGCGUUUGGGUGGUGGACCAUUCUUGAUACAUAUGGGAAAUUGUUGUUGAGCAUGAAAAACCCAGCAGCGUUGCAGUUCUUGACACAAACCGGUGCGCCUGGCAUCUACUACCAUACCCCGUUGAUAUCGAUUGUAUUGCCGAUUCACACUCUGAAUGGGGCCCACACACAAUUCAUGUCUCAGUUGUGUCAAGGUUAAAGAAAGAUUUCUGUCUCCUCCACUUUAUCUACACUGAUUGAAGUGGAUUUAACAAGUGACAUCAAUAAGGGAUCAUAGCUUUCACCUGGUCAGUCUAUGUCAUGGAAAGAGCAUAUGUUCUUAAUGUUUUGUAUACUCAGUGUACGAAGCAAGCAAUAGAACCCUUUUUGGUUCUGUCCAGAAACCUUUUUUCUAAGUGUAAUCAAACAUUUAUAUCCUACACAUAUCUAUUAAUUCACCAAUAAACAGCAACUCAGCCUUGAUUCCAAGGUUUUUAAAUGAUAAUGUCAUAAUUUAAUAAUAUUUCAUAUUGACAAUCAAUUGUAUUAUUUGUAUUAUUUAAUCAGAUCCUUAUUUCUGUAUAUUUUUAUAUUUUUUGCAGUUUCUCUCUCUAUCUGUGUCUCGGCAGUAACCGCACUGUUCGUCGCAUCUUCACGGCUUGUCUGCUCUCGUUUCUGGCUCUGCUCGGCUCAGUCUCCGUCGACCUCAGCUCCAACUUGGACCUGCUGCGCGCCACAGAGGCCGCUGUCGCCGAGCUGACUUCAUGCAGGACUACGGCUAUUCUCCAACUCAUAGGUGAACUCCAAAACAGGAGAAGUCUAUGCAGAAAGUACAGGAGUAACGAGACAGACCAAGAAAAGUGUCUACCAACUAGCAUUUUACCAGUGAUUAUUAGACUUUGCACUGAUAUGGAGGGCCACAGAAACAGUCAGGGUCACCCAUGCAGCGAGGAGUUGGUGGAGUUCUGCCAGAAACUCUGGGAAGAUUUGACAGAAUUUCUGAACACAACAUGGGGAGUUGAGGACAACAGUGACAUGUCCGUGUUCUCCUUGACCAUUGUCAGACUCCUGGACAUUUGGGGGGACGUGGAACAGGACAUUAGUCAAGUCAAGCAGUUUUCAGACUGGAAAGAUGUCCUCUCAUUGAGACUGAUGGUCACAUUCCUGGAACUCAACCACCAGUUCAGGGAACUCCCUUCCAUAGGAAACCAAGCUGACUUUCACAAGAAGUGGAUCCACGCACUCAGCCGUCUAGCCUUUGCCCAGCUCUUGUCAGAAACGCUAGAGGACUGCUGGGUGGAGAACAUUCAACUAAAGCUCAACCUGACCAACAGCCCCAAAGUUGACCCAUAUGUCUUUGAGUCUGCCCCCUGGCAGAUCCAAGCGUUUGGCACGGUGAGAACAGCAGGCGUCCUCACAGGCUCUCAGACUGGCAUCCAGGCUCUGAGGGACACCCAGGCGUGCCUGCUGGCCAGGGCGGUGCCAGCUCUGAAGCUCCAAUCCAGGGCCAUGUUCUCAGGGCUCAGCAUGCGGAUCUCCCUGUUGACAUUGGCCUGCCUGAUCUAUCCGUUGGUGCUGGUGUCCUUCAAGCAGAUGACGGAGUGGAUCCAGAACUAUGCACGCAGCCUGCAGGAGAGGACCGAGGACCUGAAGCGCCAGAGACAGCUGGCCGAGGACCUCCUGCACCAGAUGCUGCCCAAGACCGUAGCCAAGCAGCUGAGGCAGCAGAAGCACGUGGAGGCGGAGAGCUACGAGAAGGUGGGUUUGAUUGAUCUGAGCAGAUGUGGGCCUUCAGUUCCAUCAUGUCGAUCAAUUCUAUUUCUUGCUGCGUCAUCAUUUCCAUAUCCCAUGGUCAUCACUCUUUGGUUAUGCUAGAGAGUUAGGAAUUCAAAAUUAGCCACAACCCUCAACAUUAGUGAACCCCCCUCAACAUUGUAAAGAACCAUUUGGAAGAGAAAAUGGUUCUUUGAAUAGAGCAAAUAACCUCUCAAGAAUCCUGUUUUCUUAUAGCACCUUCUAGCCACAACUUCUAAGUUAAAGAAACGUUUUAAAAUGUCUAUAACCAACUUAAAUAUCAGCAAGAUAAUACCCUUUCUGUGUGACACUGACACAAGGUGUAUUAUCAUGCCCCCCCCCCCCACCCCCCCACCCCCUUCACCUCCACACUUUUAGCAGUGUGAGGGCCUUGUAAUGAUAGGGGACAGUAUUGGUGCGAUACUCUGAAUGAACCCCUGCAUUUGGUUUCUUUGUUCUUAUUGUUGUUGUAAUUACCUAUAAUUACGGUGUUCCAUAUUCAUUAGGAGAUAAAACGGGUUACCAGGUGCAAAUUGCGUCCAGCUCAUUGAGGUGCUUGAAGCAGCUGGGCCAAAAGCACUCUGCUCAGGGCUAUUAGCUACCAAAGGGGAUGUGGUCCGUUUUUACACAGGCUUCUUUGAGUUCCAGCAAUGGAACAUUCUGAAAAUGGAACACAAUAUUAGCACAAGAGUAUAAUCUGCAUACACGAGGAAGGUCAUACUGUCUUAGGUCAUAUAAGCUCAAUGUUGAAGGCCAUAAGACAGAUUCCUGGGGAACCACCAUUGUGCUAAACAAAGACACUAUAAGUAUUAUAAGUAUACAAUAUGACUGUACAGUACACUUACAAAUGACACACCAUUGGUUUUAUCAUGUUUACCAUGGAUCACUGUCUCUCUUGUAGAAUACUGUAGAUUGAAAUCUAAAUGGCGUCAACCAGUGGCGUCAUGCACCUAUUAUUUAGAGGGGGCACGAAGUAUGUGUUGAUGGAGGAGGGGGUUAUCAGAAGUCGGAGAAUGUAGAUUAUUUUUAAACACCUGAAACAGCUUUUUCCUGAAAUCUAGAGCCAAAAUCAUUAUGCCUAAUUCCAUGUAAAAAAAUUGUAUUUUUCUGCAUAAGUUAUCUAAGCAUACCUCUUUAUCUGUUCAAUUGUCAUUUUUAUUAAUUAUGCACAUUGAUUCUUUAAGAACUUUUUAACUUCUUAGGAGUUUAGUACAACUGCCACACUGGUAUAUAGUAUCAUAACGAAAUAAUUAAAGCAAUUUCAGUCAUUUCUAAAGUAAAACAACCCUGUGGACACCUGUCGUCGAACAUCUCAUGCCAAAAUAAUGGGCUUUAAAAUAGAGCUGGUCCCCCUUUGCUGCUAUAACAGCCUCCACUCUUCUGGGAAGGCUUUCCACUAGAUGUUGGAACAUUGCUGCGGGGACUUGCUUCCAUUCAGCUACAAGAGCAUUAGUGAGGUCGGGCACUGAUAUUGGGCGAUUAGGCCUGGCUCGCAAUCAGCAUUCCAAUUCAUCCCAAAGGUGUUCGAUGGGGUUGAGCUCAGGGCUCUAUGCAGGCCAGUCAAGUUCUACCACACCGAUCUCAACAAGCCAUUUCUGUAUGGACCUCACUUUGUGCACAGGGGCAUUGUCAUGCUGAAACAGGAAAGGGCCUUCCCCAAACUGUUGCCACAAAGUUGGAAGCACAGAAUCGUCUAGAAUGUAAUUGUAUGCUGUAACGUUAAGAUUUCCCUUCACUGGAACUAAGGGGCUUAGCCCGAACCAUGAAAAACAGCCCCAGACCAUUAUUUCUCCUCCACCAAACUUUACAGUUGGCACUAUGCAUUCGGGCAGGUAGCGUUCUCCUGGCAUCCGCCAAACCCAGAUUCAUCUGUCAGACUGCCAGAUGGUGAAGCGUGAUUCAUCACUCCAGAGAACAGUUUCCAAAGGCAGCGAGCUUUACACCACUCAAGCCGACGCUUGGCAUUGCGCAUGAUGAUCUUAGGCUUGUGUGCGGCUGCUCAGCCAUGGAAACCCAUUUCAUGAAGCUCCCAACUAACAAUUAUUGUGCUGACAUUGCUUCCGGAGGCAGUUUGGAACUCAGUAGUGAGCUAAUUUUACGCACUUCAGCACGCAGAAGUCCCAUUCUGUGAGCUUGUGUGGCCUGCCACUUCGUGGCUGAGCCAUUGUUGCUCCUAGACGUUUCCACUUCACAACAACAGCACUUACAGUUGACCGGGGAAGCUCCAGCAAGACAGAUAUUUGACAAACUGACUUGUUGGAAAGGUGGCUUCAUAUGACGGUGCCACGUUGAAAGUCACUGACCUCUUCAGUAAGGCCAUUCUACUGCCAAUGUUUGUCUAUGAAGAUUGCAUGGCUGUGUGCUCGAUUUUAUACACCUGUCAGCAACGGGUGUGGCUGAAAUAGCCGAAUCCACUAAUUUGAAGGGGUGUCCACAUACUUUUGUAUAUAUAGUGUAGUUAGACAAGCUGCUCUAACUUGAUUGAUACCCUGAAAUGGCUUGGUAGCUAGUUAUUAGGUUGGUAGAUUGCUGGCUAGCUAAAUCCAACUUCAUAAAAUUGCUAGGUGGCUAGUAUUACAGAGAAACAACAAAACAUUUUCAUUUUAUUUAUUCAUCAAGAAGGAAUCAAUAGUCAACAUAGCUUGAUCAAAUUAAUUUACAAGCACACCUCCUGUGAAUCCUGCCCAUCUUACUAGGGAGAAUAAGGGGGUGAUACUCUUUGCCUGGUCCAGUUAAUGUGCCCCCUCCGCAGCUGACAGAUCUUUUUAUAAAUAAUUAUGAUAAAACGUCGGCUUAAAAAUGUAUAGUAAUUAAUUUAACAUCUGAAAAAUGUAAAACAAGACAAAUCUGAGGGGGCACGUGCCCAUGAUCCCCCUAUGGGCAUAAAUAAGAGAGAAAUGAAUAUAAAUACAAUGUACUGACUGUACUAGCACUUUAACAAUUUAACAUAUGAUGAGGCUAAGAAAGGCAUCUUAAAAAUGUUUUUCUGUACAGGUGACUAUUUUCUUUUCUGAUAUCGUUGGUUUCACCACUAUCUCGGCCUCCUGCACCCCUCUGCAAGUCGUGGAGAUGCUGAACAACCUGUACAUGUGCUUUGACACUCGCAUCGACUCCUAUGACGUCUACAAGGUAAGACUGAACUGGGGUAGCCUACAUGGAGAUUGGAUUGGACCAAAAUCGUUCUUGCCUACAUUUUACAUUUUAGUCAUUUAGCAGACGCUCUUAUCCAGAGCGACUUACAGUUAGUGAGUGCAUACAUUUUUCAUACUACUACUUACUAAAACUAAAUACUGUGUACUAACCAUACUACAUACUAUUUUGAACAAAAACGGAACAAAUAUCAACAGAAUACGCUCAUCCAUACUGAGAAGACGUCAUCUAAUUCGCAAUAGGGUUGUUCCCCGCCAUUCCUUCAUUUUGGUACAGCCCAUCCCCUUAUCUGAUUAUCAGCUGUUGUCAAACAUAUGUGGGUCUGAUAAGACGACUCAAUAGUGUUCAGCGAAUUCAUACUAGAAGAAAAGCAUAAAUGAGUAUGGCAUCCUGGCAUUUAAAGCUGUAAAACGUUAUAUUUUUGUAUACUCAAAGUGCAUACUAUUGAAAACACAAGUAUGGGUAAUCGGAGACUUCCUAUGUCCCAAUCUACAUACUAGCAUAUUAUUUAGUAUGAAUGGCCAAUACAUCACUUCAUACUAAAUAGUGUGUAAGUUUGAGUAUUGGGAUGUUUCUGACCUAUCUGAAAUGCGCUUAUCAUGAGUGGAGCCAUUGUAUUUGCUCCCCCAGGUGGAGACGAUAGGCGAUGCCUACAUGGUGGUGAGUGGGCUGCCUGAAAGGAAUGGGGAUAAGCACGCUGAUGAGAUCGCCAAGAUGUCGCUGGACCUGGUGGCGGCGGUCAGACAGGUGGCAAUCCCCCACAUGCCCAACACGAGACUACAGCUCCGCGCAGGCAUACACACAGGUGAGAGAACACACACAUUACGCACACACACAGGCACACACCACACACACACACCGCCACACACACCUUUCUUACCCAUGUUAAAAUCGCAUAAGGGUUUUAGGUGCUGUAAAAGUACCUGAUAAACUCACCUAACAGGCAGAUGCUUUGAGUUUUCUGACAUGUGUACGCAAGCAAUAUUUCAUUUAAUGCAAAUAACUUUCAUUUCCUGAGAGGGAACUUUAUGUUUGGUAAUAUACGCUGAGUGUACAAAAUAUUAGGAACAUCUGCUCUUUCCCUGACAUGUGAAGCUAUGAACCCUUAUUGAUGUCACCUGUUAAAUCUACUUCAAUCAGUGUAAAUGAAGGGGAGGAGACCAGUUAAAGAAGGAUUUUUAAGUCUUGAGACAAUUGAGACAUGGAUUGUGUAUGUGUGCCAUUCAGAGGGUGAAUGGGCAAGACAAAAUAUUUAAGUGCCUUUGAACGGGGUAUGGUAGUAGGUGCGAGGCGCACCGGGUUGAGUGUGUAAGAACUGCAACGCUGCUGGGAUUCUCGCGCUCAACAGUUUCCUGUGUGUAUCAACAAUGGUCCACCACCCAAAGGACAUCCAGCCAACUUGACACAACUGUGGGAAGCAUUGGAGUUAACAUGGGCCAGCAUCCCUGUGGAACGCUUUCGACACCUUGUAGAGUCCAUGCCCUGAUGAAUUGAGGCUGUUCUGAGGGCAAAAGGGGGUGCAACUCAAUUUUAGGAAGGUGUUCCUAAUGUUUUGUACACUCAAUGUAUACAGUGGCUUGCGAAAGUAUUCACCCCCAUUGGCAUUUUCCUAUUUUGUUGCCUUACAACCUGGAAUUAAAAUUGAUUUUUGGGGGGUUUGUAUCAUUUGAUUUACACAACAUGCCUACCACUUCGAAUAUAUGUUUUAUUGUGAAAGAAACAAGAAAUAAGACAAAAAAACAGAACUUGAGCGUGCAUAACUAUUCACCCCCCCAAAGUCAAUACUUUGUAGAGCCACCUUUUGCAGCAAUUACAGCUGCAAGUCUCUUGGGAUAUGUCGCUAUAAGCUUGGCAUAUCUAGCCACUGGGAUUUUUGCCCAUUCUUCAAGGCAAAAACUGCUCCAGCUCCUUCAAGUUGGAUGGGUUCUGCUGGUGUACAGCAAUCUUUAAGUCAUACCACAGAUUCUCAAUUGGAUUGAGGUCUGGGCUUUGACUAGGCCAUUCCAAGACAUUUAAAUGUUUCCCCUUAAACCACUCGAGUGUUGCUUUAGCAGUAUGCUUAGGGUCAUUGUCCUGCUGGAAGGUGAACCUCCGUCCCAGUCUCAAAUCUCUGGAAGACUGAAACAGGUUUCCCUCAAGAAUUUCAUUUGGCAACCACCAAAUGUGUUGGCUUAUUUUUUUUCUUUAAGCAAUGGCUUUUUUCUGCCCACUCUUCCGUAAAGCCCAGCUCUGUGGAGUGUAUGGCUUAAAGUGGUCCUAUGGACAGAUACUCCAAUCUCCGCUGUGGAGCUUUGCAGCUCCUUCAGGGUUAUCUUUGGUGUCUUUGUUGCCUCUCUGAUUAAUGCCCACCUUGCCUGGUCCGUGAGUUUUGGUGGGCGGCCCUCUCUUGGCAGGUUUGUUGUGGUGCCAUAUUCUUUCCAUUUUGUAAUAAUGGAUUUACUGGUGCUCCGUGGGAUGUUCAAAGUUUCUGAUAUUUUUUUAUAACCCAACCCUGAUCUGUACUUCUCCACAACUUUGUCCCUGACCUGUUUGGAGAGCUCCUUGGUCUUCAUGGUGCUGCUUGCUUGGUGGUGCCCCUUGCUUAGUGGUGUGACAGACUCUGGGGCCUUUCAGAACAGGUGUAUAUAUAUUGAGAUCAUGUGACAGAUCAUGUGACACUUAGAUUGCACACAGGUGGACUUUAUGUAACUAAUUAUGUGACUUCUGAAGGUAAUUGGUUGCACCAGAUCUUAUUUAGGGGCUUCAUAGCAAAGGGGGUGAAUACAUAUGCACGCACCACUUUUACGUUAUUUAUUGAAUUUUUUGAAACAAGUUAUUUUUUUCAUUCCACUUCACCAAUUUGGACUAUUUUGUGUAUGUCCAUUACAUGAAAUCCAAAUAAAAAUCAAUUUAAAUUACAAGUUGUAAUGCAACAAAAUAGGAAAAACGCCAAGGGGGAUGAAUACUUUUGCAAGGCACUGUAUACUAUAUCUUGCAUACUUAUUUCUGUGGUAAGUUUGAUGUAAGUCUAUAACCUGGUGUUAUUACCAAAGUAAAUAUCAGUGAGUAAAUUAUGGUGUAGCAGGCUUGUCUUUCUCUUCAUUUGCUCUCCUUGCCCCAGGUCCAUGUGUGGCAGGUAUUGUCGGCUACAAGAUGCCCAGAUAUUGCCUGUUUGGAGAUACUGUCAACACAGCCUCUAGAAUGGAGUCCACCAGCUUGCGUAGGUGUACGGCAUGCAUGCACACACACACACACUCUCCUCUCUUUUUGUACAAACAUUCCACUUUUCUUUGUGUGUGUUUGUGUGUGUGUGUAUGUGUGUGUGUGUGUGUGUGUGUGUGUCAGCUCAGAGGAUCCACGCCAGCUCAGCCGUAUACCUGGCUCUGAUGAAGGACGGUGCCUACGAGCUCCAGCUGAGAGGAGAGAUCGAGGUGAAGGUAAGGCUCUUCUAUUGACACUGGGAAAAAUAGCAUACCCCUGAAGUUCUCUUUGAGGGAAAUAAAGUUGUUAUAUUUUUAGUCCUGGAAUAGGCUUAAUCUUGCCUGGCUACCCAGACUCCUUGCUCCGUCCAACGCUACGCCAUGCUCACGGACGUUACUUUCUUCUCCGCAAUGAGUCUGGAUCUGAGCACCUUCCUGACUCUUCACCGAGUGUGAACACAUUUGGGGCCGUCUGAUUGGUCCAGAAACCGAUGGGUUGGGCCAAAGCCAGAACACAUGUCGGUAAAGCGGCAGUUUGAAAAUGUGUCAUUGGCUGAUACUCUGAUUGGUUAGAGACGAUCCUAUUGCUGAAGACUUUAUUUUGUGCAACACCCAUCCUGCCCCUGGUCACCACAAAAGACAAUGAUGGCAGUUUCAGACUAAGGUACGUAGCAGCGGAAGAAUUUAGUAUGAGUUGUCAGUAGGGCUGUUACGGUGACCGUAUUACCGCCACACCAGUGGUCACAAGUCAUGACGGCAGUCAAAUUCCACAUGACCAUUUAGUAAUGGUAAUUAGGCUUCUCCAAGCUCGGAUGCUGCUGAUGGUCAUUAGUAGCCUACCAAACUUGCUAACUGCCUGGUACUCAGCACUCUAUUGUCCCUCUAAUCACUCUAACAUCAAUGCAAAUGUAAUCGAAAAUCUAAUCAAACACUUAUGAGAGCAUGAGCUCAUGUUGCGCAACAUUUCUAUAGGCUAUGCAAUUGCGUGAGAAAAUAGAGUGAUGGCCUCUAUUAAAAAGAGGAGGAUCCCAUCAGCUUUCUAUAGGCUAGGUCUACUAUAUUUAUUUCUCAACUUUCCUAAUAUUAAGCACAUUGCUUCUCUUUACAACAGGAGUAUAGCCUACCUGGCUGGCAUGAAAAUGAACCACGGGAAAAGCGUCCUCCAUUCGCUAUUUAAGUGCAUAGAUGACAUGUAUUUUUUUCCGCUGCCCCUGUUUCGAGGCAGGUGCAUGAUAAUGGUCCAUUCUAAAUCAAAACAAAUUUCACACGUGUAUUAUUUAGUAUAUGUAAAGACAAGAUUCAAUCAAGAACAGUGUAAUGGGUGACAAUAUUAGCCUAUCACCUGUGAAUGAUAUAUUAGCCUAUCACUUUUGAAUGAUGCCCAGCUUAAGACAAGAAACAGUGCGGUUUUUUUUGCAACUUUUUCAAAUCGUAUUCGCACAUCUCAUGUAGCCUAGCCCAUAGGCCUAUAUGUUUUGAUAAGGUUUGUAUCACAACUAAAGUAGCCAAAUAACUUCGUAAAAUGAAGCACAUUAAUCCGCUUUACAAGGGGUGUAGAGCCUAACUGGCAUACAUACAGUGCGUGGGUUUCAAGUUUGGGGAAGAUCAUUUUCACCGUAAAAAUGCACCUUUAUAAUAAAAGCAUUACAUGCAUAAUCACAUUUGUGGUUACUUUUGAGAAUAGUGUUUUCCUGCUAAUGGAACAUUCGCGCUUAUAGCCUACUGCCAUGUGCGCAUUGCUGUGCUUAUAAUUUGAAGAAAUAGCCUAAUAGUUUAUCAACAUUUUCAGCUAAACGUUCUCAUCUGUUGCGUCAGGCUCAUUGCAUAAAACAGGGUUUUCUGAUGUUAGUGGUUGUAUUCAUUUGGGAUCUAUGCAUCCCACAACUGUCUCAGACUACAGUGCCUUGCAAAAGUAUUCAUCCCCCUUGGCGUUUUUCCAACUUGUAAUUUAAAUGGAUUUUUAUUUGGAUUUCAUGUAAUGGACAUACACAAAAUAGUCCAAAUUGGUGAAGUGGAAUGAAAAAAAUAACUUGUUUCAAAAAAAUUCCAAAAAAUAAAUAACGGAAAGGUGGUGCGUGCAUAUGUAUUCACCCCCUUUGCUAUGAAGCCCCUAAAUAAGAUCUGGUGCAACCAAUUACCUUCAGAAGUCACAUAAUUAGUUAAAUAAAGUCCACCUGUGUGCAAUCUAAGUGUCACAUGAUCUGUCACAUGAUCUCAGUAUAUACAGUGAGGGAAAAAAGUAUUUGAUCCCCUGCUGAUUUUGUACGUUUACCCACUGACAAAGACAUGAUCAGUCUAUAAUUUUAAUGGUAGGUUUAUUUGAACAGUGAGAGACAGAAUAACAACAAAAACAUCCAGAAAAACGCAUGUCAAAAAUGUGACUUAGUACUUGGUGGCAAAAUCCUUGUUGGCAAUCACAGAGGUCAGACGUUUCUUGUAGUUGGCCACCAGGUUUGCACACAUCUCAGGAGGGAUUUUGUCCCACUCCUCUUUGCAGAUCUUCUCCAAGUCAUUAAGGUUUCGAGGCAUGGAGCCCCAGGCCGAGGGAGAUUGACAGUUAUUUUGUGUUUCUUCCAUUUGCGAAUAAUCGCACCAACUGUUGUCACCUUCUCACCAAGCUGCUUGGCGAUGGUCUUGUAGCCCAUUCCAGCCUUGUGUAGGUCUACAAUCUUGACCCUGACAUCAUUGAAGAGCUCUUUGGUCUUGGUGGAGAGUUUGGAAUCUGAUUGAUUGCUUCUGUGGACCGGUGUCUUUUAUACAGGUAACAAGCUGAGAUUAGGAGCACUCCCUUUAAGAGUGUGCUCCUAAUCUCAGCUUUGUUACCUGUAUAAAAGACCCCUGGGAGCCAGAAAUCUUUCUGAUUGAGAGGGAGUCAAAUACUAUUCAAAUAAACCUACCAUUAAAAUUAUAGACUGAUCAUGUCUUUGUCAGUGGGCAAACGUACAAAAUCAGCAGGGGAUCAAAUACUUUUUUUCCCUCACUGUAUACACCUGUUCUGAAAGGCCCCAGAGUCUGCCACACCACUAAGCAAGGGGCACCACCAAGCAAGCAGCACCAUGAAGACCAAGGUGCUCUCCAAACAAGUCAGGGACAAAGUUGUGGAGAAGUACAGAUCAGGGUUGGGUUAUAAAAAAAUAUCCGAAACAUUGAACAUCCCACGGAGCACCCUUAAAUCCAUUAUUAAAAAAUGGAAAGAAUAUGGCACCACAACAAACCUGCCAAGAGAGGGCCGCCCACCAAAACUCACGGACCAGGCAAGGAGGGCAUUAAUCAGAGAGGCAACAAAGACACCAAAGAUAAACCUGAAGGAGCUGCAAAGCUCCACAGCGGAGAUUGGAGUAUCUGUCCAUAGGACCACUUUAAGUCAUACACUCCACAGAGCUGGGCUUUACGGAAGAGUGGGCAGAAAAAAGCCAUCGCUUAAAGAAAAAAAUAAGCAAACACGUUUGGUGUUCGCCAAAUGGCAUGUGGGAGACUCCCCAAACAUAUGGAAGAAGGUACUCUGGUCAGAUGAGACAAAAAUUUAGCUUUUUGACCAUCAAGGAAAACGCUAUGUCUGGCGCAAACCCAACACCUCUCAUCACCCCGAGAACACCAUCCCCACAGUGAAGCAUGGUGGUGGCAGCAUCAUGCUGUGGGGAUGUUUUUCAUCGGCAGGGACUGGGAAACUGGUCAGAAUUGAAGGAAUGAUGGAUGGCGCUAAAAACAGGGAAAUUCUUGAGGGAAACCUGUUUCAGUCUUCCAGAGAUUUGAGACUGGGACGGAGGUUCACCUUCCAGCAGGACAAUGACCCUAAGCAUACUGCUAAAGCAACACUCGAGUGGUUUAAGGGGAAACAUUUAAAUGUCUUGGAAUGGCCUAGUCAAAGCCCAGACCUCAAUCCAAUUGAGAAUCUGUGGUAUGACUUAAAGAUUGCUGUACACCAGCGGAACCCAUCCAACUUGAAGGAGCUGGAGCAGUUUUGCCUUGAAGAAUGGGCAAAAAUCCUAGUGGCUAGAUGUGCCAAGCUUAUAGCGACAUACCCCAAGAGACUUGCAGCUGUAAUUGCUGCAAAAGGUGGCUCUACAAAGUAUUGACUUUGGGGGGGGUGAAUAGUUAUGCACGCUCAAGUUUUCAGUUUUUUUGUCUUAGUUCUUGUUUGUUUCACAAUAAAAAAUAUAUUGCAUCUUCAAAGGGGUAGGCAUGUUGUGUAAAUCAAAUGAUACAAACCCCCCAAAAAAUCCAUUUUAAUUCCAGGUUGUAAGGCAACAAAAUAGGAAAAAUGCCAAGGGCGAUGAAUACUUUGGAAUAUUUAUUUCUCGCACAGAAUAAAAUAGGUUAACAUUUUGUAGAUUGACAUAGGCUAGUGCUUUUGCUGUUCAUUAGGCCUACUCAUCUUGUUGGCUGACGAAAAGUAAAUGUGGACAUUUCUUCCAAUAUCUUCCAUAUGCGCCUCGGAAUUGGAUAAGGACGUGCGCAGUUGCAUCCCCGAUGUGUCUGUCUUCACUUGUAGUCUGUGAGAAAGACCCGAUCACGUGAUGGAGAGCCAUGUGAGUGAGAGGUGCUUCUGCACGCAGCCGGGAGAAGGGAAUUAUAAUUAUUACAUUCAGCCCAAGGGCACAACGGCCACUGGCUGCAAAAGGCAUCGAUUUUUUUAGGGGGCAUUACGGCCACACAAAGGGGAUGCAGCUGGGAAAUUCGAGGCGUUAUCAAGUGCUUGUCAAAUUGUGAAUGAGAGACUGAUGAAGUGUGUACAGCCUGCGCAGAAAACAAUGCAGUGAUCAUGCCUUUCAUGCAACUUUUUUCAAAUCAUCAUUAGAGUUGUAUCAUGCAGCCUUAGAAUGUAUUCAAAAUCAAAACAUAUAGCCCAACAUUUGUAUCACAACUAAAGUUAAAUAAAUAACUCUAAAUUAAGCAUAUAUACCAGCUCAACACAGAAUAGCCGCAUGUGCGCACUCCCUCAAAUCGUUUGGAGAAAAUAGCCUUUCUAUUUUAUUCAGCUAUCAUCAAUUGUGUUCUUCAUACUAUAAAAUAAUAUAAAAAAAUGCCACGGAAUUCUAAGCAAAUGAACUAAUGUAGCGCACAGCCAUAUGGCAUAGCCAGAUCAGGGCCUAACAUAAGGACAACUCAGAGUAUGCUAUUCUGUUCUUCUGAAAUAGACUACAUUUUCUUCAUAUCAUGUUUCUUUAGACCUGUCUAAAAUAAAUAAUGGAUUUAUUGUGAUGGUGUAGGCUAUAUUACAUGGAUUUAUUCGACUUUUUAAAAUGUAGAUGUUCCAAAGGUCUGCAUCAGUGGCUUGUAGGCUAUGCGUGGAAGCCAGGAGAUGCUAAAUGUGUUUAAGUUAAUUAAUGAUAUUUUUUAGUGUAUAACAGGCUAUGAGUAUUUCCUUUAACCUGUCACACUCUCCCCGACAAAAUAAAUGUUUUCCCAACAUUACCAACAUUGUCUUCUUAAACAGUCUAUAUGCACUGGACCUAGAAAAUCCUCUUCUGUAAGCUAGUACUUGAGCAGAGGUCAAAGGUCACAGUUCAAAUAGAACCAACAAGUUAUAUUCACAGUUCAUAUCUGUUGACCAGCUGUAUAAACAGUCCAUAAGCAGUCUUUUCUCAUACUAUUGUCAACAGUCCAUCAGUUUUAAUUAUCUAUAUGCAUAGUCUGCAAAUUGUCUCUUGUGACAGUCUGUGAAAUCAGUCAGUAGUCCAUGGUCAAACAUGCCAACUCUGUAGCCACAUGUUUGCUGAAGUCCAUACAUGUAGGGUGGCUGUAGGUAAUAUCGCUGUAGUGAUGGCAGCCAUGGAACCAGUCCUGGUGCAGGGUAGACAGGAAACAACUGUGGCUGUGGCUGGAUACUGUAGCAGGAAGGGAUACCAAGCUGAUCAUAGGUGAUACGUCUUGGAGGGUGUCUCUCUCUUUGUGACAGCUGGUAGGCUGGUUUCUCAGGUUCAGCAGCAGCAGUUAAUGAAGGAAAGGCACUUAGUAGUUGAUCAUCAGGCACAUUUUCAGCAGGCAAGUUCAUCUCCUCAGCAGGCAGGUCUUUAACUGUUGUUGUCUCCCCCAGCUGCUUUUCAACAAGAGGCUGUGCUGCUAGCGUAUCAGGAACUGGCACCGCAACUGUCUGUUUCACUGGUGGGGGCCUGUGUUCCGACUCUCUCGCUGGUUCAGCAUACCUCUCCUCAGGUACUGUAGGAGAUGUGGGGACCUGUAGCGGCUCAUGAUGAAGGUCAUAUUCAUCCCCGCUGUCUUCAUCAGAAUCUAGAGGCUGUGAUGCAGGCUGAUGUCUCUUUUUUUUCUUACUUUUGUCAUCUUUAGACCUUUCUGGUUGUGUCUCAAAAGGUAAGUGGUCACAGGACAUGAGCAGGUUUCUGUGCAGGACCCUGGAGCGUCCCCUACCCUUUUCUGGUCUCAACUCAUAAAUCGGCAGGUCUGAACCCAUUUGUCUCACUACUGUGUGAAUUUUAUCUUCCCAAUAGUUACAGAGUUUGCCUGGUCCUCCUCUUGGUGUCAGGUUUUUAAUCAGAACUUGCUUGCCAGGCUGUAGCACUGAACUCCUAACUUUAGUGUCAUAGUACUUCUUACUUCUUUCAGCAGCUUUCUGAGCAUUUUCAUUUGCAAUGGCGUAUGCUUCUUCCAUCCCUCGUUUCCAGUUCUCCACGUAGUCUCGCUGGUUACUGGAACCUGCCUCUGUGCACAACCCAAAGAGCAUAUCAACUGGAAGCCUGGGUGAUCUCCCAAACAGAAGAUAAAAUGGUGAAUAGCCAGUCACUUCGCAACAGGUGCAGUUAUAGGCAUAAACCAGUUUGUUCAGAGACUCCUUCCAAUUUGACUUUUGUGUCUCAGUUAGUGUCUUUAGCAUUUGCAACAAUGUUCUGUUCAUACGUUCCACUUGACCGUUCCCCAUCGGGUGGUAGGGUGUUGUUCUGGACCCCGCCAUGCCACUGAGUUUCUUUAACUGAUGGAACAACUGAUUUUCGAAUUCUCCCCCUUGGUCAUGGUGGAUGCGGGAGGGGAACCCAAACUUCAGGGCAAAGUCAUUGAAAAUGAGAUUUGCAGCAGUUUUUCCUGACUUUGAUGUGGUGGCGUAGGCUUGAGUGAAACGUGUAAAAUGAUUAACAAUCACGAGGAUGUACUCAUAUCCCCCUUUGCAUCUGUCGAGAUGGAGGAAAUCUAUACAUACCAGUUCAAAUGGCUGUGUUGUCACAAUGUUUGUCAGAGGAGCUCUUGUUUCAUGGCCUGGCUUUUUCUGCUUGACACAGCUACAAGUUUUAGUCACAUAGUGCUCGAUGUCAGAUUGCAUAUAUGGCCAGAAGAAGCGGUCACGUACUAGUGAUACAGUGCGGUCAGUACCUUGGUGUCCCAUGUUAUUGUGCAACUCUUCCAUCACUUUACCUUUGUACUGCUCUGGUAGAACUAACUGCUUGCGGGCAGUAGUGAUUCUGUACAGGAUGCCAUCACUGUCUAUUGUCAAUUUGUCCCAUUCUCUGAAUAGGCAUUUUGUCUUUGGACUGGAUUCCUUUUGCUCUUUAACUGGCGGUUUGGAACCAGACAGUUUGAAAUCGAGCACAGGACGGAUGACCAGAUCAGAUUCUUGUGCUUCUCUUAUCCCAUUUUUUGGGAUCGAGCUGAUUGUUGCAGUGGUUGUCUCACCUUCAGCUGAUACUGACAUAGAUGCAGCUGAAAGUGACCAAGGUACAACAGACUCUUUCUCUACCUCAACUGCUUGUAUUGUGGCGGCAAUGGUGUCUGGUGGAAGCUCCUCAGAACAUUCUCUCAUCAGUGACUCUACAUCCAGUGGCAUCCUUGACAAAGCAUCUGCAUCACUGUUCACUCUGCCUGGCCUGUACUUUAUUGUAAAGUGGAAAUCAGCCAAUUCUGCAACCCACCUGGAAGUGGUUGUGUUCCUUUUUGCAGUAGACAGAAUGUAGCUGAGCGGGUUGUUAUCGCUGUAUACAGUGAAGGUCGGAGCAUAGUACAAAUAAUCAUGGAACUUAUCAGUGAUAGCCCAUUUUAGAGCUAGAAAUUCUAGCUUGCCAGAGUGGUAGUGAUAGUUCUUCUCAGCUGCUGUUAAGGUUCGAGAGCCAUAAGCAAUGACCCUAAGCUUCCCAUCUUGCUUUUGAUAAAGAACUGCUCCCAAGCCUUGGUGUGACGCAUCAGUGGAAACCUAAGACUGGUGGGUGAAGCAAACACUCAAUCAGCUGUUCAAGUACCUGUUGAUGCUGGUCAGUCCACAGGAUUGGCUUGUUUGAGGGCACCACAUGACUUACUUUCUUUGUUUUUGUUUUCCGUGGGUGGUCAAGUAAUUUCUCUGAAUCUGCUUUCAGGAGGUCAUACAGACAGCUGGCCCUCCUAGAAAAGUCUUUGAUGUACUGUCUGUAGUAAGUGAGUAAACCAAGCAUUUUUCUGAGCUGGCCCACAGUCUCUGGUCUGAUUUCUUUCAAUGCUCUUACUGCUUCAAAAUCGGCUGGUUCAACUCUGCUGCCCUCUGCAGACACUAUUCUGCCCAAAUAACGGACCUGGGGUUUAAAGAGAUCACACUUACUUGGCUUGAGUUUGAUGCCAUACUCUCUGAGACGCUGCAAAACUUUUCGCACAUAAUUCACAUGGCUGUCUAAAGUUUUACUGAAAACUAGCGUGUCGUCCAGAUAAGGAAUGCAGAUGUUAUCCCGGAGCCCUUCCAAACAUUCCUCCAUACAACGCUGAAAAGCUGCAGGAGCGUUCAUGAGGCCGAAUGGCAUACGUAUCCACUCAGAGUCCCCACGGGGUCACAAAUGCUGUCAGUGAUCUGCUUUCUUCAGAGAUGAAUCCCUGGUGAUACGCUUUUCCCUGAUCUAAGAGGGAGAACCAGGAAUUACCACCUAAACUGUCCACGAUGUCUUGGACCCGAGGGAUGGGCUGGCGGUCGGGAUGUGUCUUUCUGUUCAGGUUUCUGUAAUCUAUACACAACCGGAGGGUCCCGUCCUUCUUCCUAACGCACACGACAGGUGAGAAAUAUGAAGAGUUUGACUUCCUAACCCAGCCCUGGGCUAUGAGGUCAUGAAGGUAACCCUUCAUCUCCUGAUACAGUGGCCUGGGCACUGACAUGUAUGUGCGCUUGACUGGUUCAGAGUCCUUUAGAGAAAUAGUCAUUUUCAAUCGUUCAAUGCAGCCAAUGUCAUUGUCUGAUCUGGAGAAGGAGUGACAAUCUUCUCUAAGCAUUUGCCUAACAACCUCUCUCUGUUCUUCGGUUAGGUGACUUAAACCUACUAGUGGAUCCCACUGUUCAGUGGCAGUACAUGGGGUUCGAACGCUGGUGUGAUUCACUGUGGCUGGGGUGACAGCUUUUUCAAAGACUUGGGCAGGUAACACAGUCAUAAUGGUUUGUACUGUACCGAUUAUUGUGCGUCCUAGCAGGGCAAUGUCGUGGUCAGUGGGGUUAGAGACAUCAAGCAUGAUAACUGGAAAAACACCUUUCCUGACUCUGACUAGUGUGUCAAAGAACUCAAGUUCAUCUGGCCACUGCGGGUUCAGGUCUGGCUGGAAAAGCAUUGUCAUGUCCUCUUUGAAAGGCUGGGAAGCUACACGGCACUCAAUCUGAAUGCUAUUGUUUUGGUACAGCAACCUUUUCUUUCUUGGUUUUUACUGCAUAUUCAUCUGUUUGUUCUGCGCUAACAGCCUGUAUAAAAGCUCUCACCUUGUUUCUUUUGAGGCUUUGGAAAGCUUUUUUCACUGUACUGUACCGUUUAGCUUUUUCGGUCAUUGUCAGGAUGUGCUCGAUAACAUUGAAACCUAUGAUGGGAUGAGAUAGGUGACAGCCUUUCAUUACCAGCACUGGGAUGAUCAGUUCCUUUGUUUGGUCAGUUUCAGAGGCUAGCCGAAAAGUUGUUUCAAUCCAUCCCAGGUACGGCAUUUCAGUCCCAUUUGCUGCAGUAAAUCUUAGAUCAUCAGGUGAGUCCAGAAUUUCUGAAACAUCCCUCAGCCUUGCGUUUGGGAGAGAUUACUCUUUCCAUUGUUCAUCAAUGACCGAUACCUGAGAGCCUGUGUCCCAUAGGGCUUGGAGGUGGUGGCGAUUCAGGUGACACUAAACAAGGCACUGUCUGCCGAUUAGCGAGGUGACCUUAUGGGGGUGGCAAACUUGAGCUAGGGAUGGUAAAGAGUGGGCAUUUUCCUCUGUACAGGAAAGCUUUUCACUGGUAGAGUCAAUUUUCAGGUGAGUGCAUUUUUCCUUAUCUUUGGUCCAAUGUUGGUUUUGACAUCCUUUGGAAUAGUACAGUGUCUCUUUACAUGAUGAACAAAUGAAUCUUCUCUGGCACAAUUUGCACAUUUCUGGGACUUUUUGGUAGCUACGGUUAACACUCGUCCCUCAGCGGUAACCCUUCCCCGUUUAAAGGGGCCUCUUUUGAUGGUCUGACUCCCCGGAUUUUACAUCCAGCUUGAAAAUGUUCUCCACUCCCACAUCAGAAGCAGUGUGUGCAGCGUGCAUCUGUUCUGGCCUGCUGGCAGAAAAAACACCUCCUUGGAGCUUGAGCAGAGCGGUUGGUAUACAGGUUAGGUGCAUAUUGAUGCUGCGCAGGGUCAGGUGCUUGGGGCUGACUGUAGUUGCUGUAAUACUGCUGCUGGGAAACAGGUGGCUGGGGGUCCCUAUCUGGCCUCCUAACUGGAGGUGUGGCAUAGGCAUAAGGCGGUGACUGAAACAUAGGCUGCUGUAAUGUCUCCUUAAUCUGAGCAAUCUCUGCACUGAGACCUUUUAGGGAAGCUACAUCUGUCUUAAGUUCAGCUAACUCUGUUAACAGUUCUGCGGGUAUCUUAGCAUUGGCUUCCUUCACAGGACACUUUGCAGAUGGCGUAUCUUCUAACUGGACUACACUUACAGUUGUAGCAGGCUGUGGGGCAUUAAACCGCUUUUUGUUUAGUCUUUCUAUCUCAUUAGCACAAGAAAUGUUAAACUUCUCUAGCAAAACCUCAUCUGAUGUUUCGCUAUCUAGCAGGAGAGGCUGCAUGUCUAUCCUGAUACUGUCACUCUGGAGACCUGUAAGGACUGUGUGUAAACACAUGCGCUGGACCAGAGCAGGGUCAUACUUAAGCCCUGAUUCUGACUCCUGGGACGCAAAUAGUACUUUCUGCCUCAAAUCUAAAACGCGCAUCAGGAAGCUUUGAGGGGUCUCCUUGCUAUGCUGUGCUUCUGAAGCUAGCUGUUUGUAAAGCUCUGUUGCACUCUUCUCUUGGAAGUGGGAACGCAGGAUGCAUCUAAGUGUGGGAAGAGUUAGCUGGGGUUUACCUUCCAAGUAGCUGCGUAGCUGUGAGCCUGGAGAAAUAGCCCUGAUUACUGCGUCUACUAUUUCUACCUCAGGAUAGCCUCUGUUAAAUCCAUUCUCAAUCUGAUGGGCAAGGCUGGAAAAAGUCAGUUUAUCUUUCUGGCCCAGAAAUGUUUAACUCUUUGCGCCAGUAUGAGCCGGGCUGUGCACCGGGUGAGAGCUGCAUGCUCCCCUGAAGAUGGGCAGGGGGUUGGGGCUGGCGCAGCGAAUCACUGGCUUUGGCUGCAGUAAUCUGCUCAGUUCCCACUCCUUGUUGUGGGGUUACAGUUCUCAGUUCCUCUAUUCUGUGAUGUGUUCCGGCUGUUUCAAUAUCAUGGUCAGUUUGCCCUGUUUUGUUAUCUGUGCCCCUGAUCAUCUCUGUCAUUUUGUCUUUAAGUAGCAACAAUUCCGACAUGCCGCCAUCUUCUAACUCUGCAACUUCCUCUCUUUCAAGGAACAUCAUAAUGUGAGUCAUCAAUGAUAUGCGGGAUUUGUCUUGAACAUCUCUUCUCUGUUCGCCUGAUAUGUCAAGGAUAUCACAUAUCUCUAGUAACUUGUCUUUAGUCAGGGUGUGCAAUUCUCCUACUACCUCUUCCUGCCAAUUCUCCUACUACCUCUUGUCAUGUUGACAGGACAGGAGGAACUUUUACUGUGCAGGAGUUGACUCUGAAUUAGAUGGUCCUUAAUGUCUCUGAUGGUCUCUCAAUGGCCUCAGUUGACACGUACUUAACCACCAACUUCCAGCUCCCCUCGAACAGCAACACUUUCCUCACUGCAGCCUGCCUGGGUUGUUAUGUUUGGAUUUAGCUGGCUCGGAAUUCAGCGACCAGGAUGUGGAAACCGGACAUCUGAGCAGCAAUCUCAGCCGUGCCUCCAAAAAUGUUACGCCCCUGAAAAAGGGGAGAAAUAAUCACGAGAGUGAUACGUUUAUGUUUCCUCACUGAGAACUUUAGUGUAAUCAUUUUACAAAACUACCACCUUUUACAGAUCAACAGAUCUACAGGAAAUAGAUAGUUUUGUAGAGUACAAAGCUUAUUCAAGUCACAACAGCAUACACUGUAAUUCACUGAAACAUAUACUAAUUUUCCAAUAUAACUGUCAAGCACAAAGUAGCUUUAGCUCAGUAAACCAUAACUACAUUUAUCAACAAUGUCAAUAAAGUGUUUGAAACACAUUAUACAAAUAACACCGCAAAAUAUAUUAUUAACAGUGUACAUGUUCAUUCACAAUUAACAUAAAAUGGCAGCUACUCUCAGUACGAAGCUAUUCUUCGCUGCAACCGAGCGGGGCUCCGCUCACACACACCCAUAUUACACUCUGAAAACUUAACUCUAACUUACUCAAGAUGUUACUAAAACACACCUAAAACACUCUUGACAUGUUAGCAAGUUAUUACAUUUAAAUUAACUAUGUUUUAUAUCAAUAACGUAUCUGAAAAAGGGGAGAAAUAAUCACGAGAGUGAUACGGUUAUGUUUCCUCACUGAGAACUUUAGUGUAAUGAGGAAAAGACCGUGAUUUCCCCGGGAACUUGGGUGGAGACCAGAGCAAUCGAUCUCAGGCUCAUAGAUUAAGAGCAUUUCGUAGAUCUUUUUAACCUUAGAUAUUUUAAGAUCCUCACAUACUAUGAACUUACUGAUACUUUUUAGUGUAUAACAGGCUAUGAGUAUUUCCUUUAACCUGUCACAUGGGCAGUACCAAAACAAGUGAUCUAAUGCUUUUCUCUUCGCAACAAAAUCUGCAGAGCUGGGAUGGUUGUAUCUUCAUAUACAUAACAUUCUAUUUGUUUGCAAGAAUUUUGUAUACUAAUUUUGAAUCUGGCGUUGUUCUGUGUAUCAGUUCAUAAACCAUGUGCCAUGGAAUCGGCACAACAAAAAUCUCUUCCUUACUAUUUUGCAACCUGUAUGGCGCAGCUGUCAAUUUUUUUGUCCUUAAAUUAAACUGUUAUACUUUUUAUUUCUCACAAUUUUCUUCAACCAAUUUUGGUCUUUAAUGUAGGGCCGACAGACAAGUUCCUUACCUUCUCCCCCUUACACUUGCCUCUUCCAUUUUAGCGGUAAUGCUGCAAUCAGUUGGUUGUAAUUUUGGAGAGAGCAGACAUUUCCAUAUAUUAUUGUUAGCUGCAUGUGUGACAUAACUCCAUCAGUGACAUAACUCCAUCAAUCGUAUUUAGGAUAUCAUUAACAACGAUUAUCCAAUUUUCUAUUUUUAUUUUCAAAAAUGUUUUUUUUUAUCAGUUAGUAUAUUUUAGUAUUUUCUGGUGGAUUAAAUAAAACUGAAAUUGCAACCAGCUUUCUAUGGCUUGUUUAAAAAAUAUUCUGGAGAUGAUUUCAUUUUCAAAUAACCGAAAGUAAGAGGUUGGAAUCUGAAUAAAGGGAAAAAGGCCAUUUUUGUACACAGGUUGAGACAAUCUUACUAAUCUGCUGGAAAACCCGUUCGGAUUUAAGUACUUCUGUAUGACUGAAGCCUUUAGUGAAAGGUUCAAUGCAUUAAAAUGUAAUAAUUUCAGCUCUCUGAAUUAAUAUUCGUUAUAUAAAUAGGCCCGUUUAAUUUAGUUUGGCUUGCUGUUCCAAAUAAAGUGGAAUAUGUUUUGCUCAUAUAAUAAAAAUUAAAAAAGUUGUUCGAUGUAAGCAGGGCCAUAAGUAAAUAGGUAAACUGGUAUAUAACUAAAUAAUUAAUCAGGGAUAUUUUUUCACAAAUAGAAAGGUAUUUACCUUUCCAUGGUAGCAAGAUCUUAUCUAUUUUUGCUAACUUUCUAUUAAAAUGUAUUGUAUUGAGAUUGUUUCUUUCUUUCGGGAUAUGAAUACCGAGUAUGUCCACUUCACCAUCAGACCAUUUUAUUGGUAAACUACACGGUAAUGUAAAAGUUGUAUUUUUUUUAAAUCACAACUAUGAUAAUUAUCAUACUUUUCAUAGUUUGGUUGUAAUAAUAAUAAUUAUAAUAAUAAUAUGCUAUUUAGCAGACACUUUUAUCCAAAGCGACAUACAGUCAUGCGUGCAUAAAUUUUUAGGUAUGGGUGGUCCCGGGGAUCGAACCCACAACCCUGGCGUUACAAGAGCCGUGCUCUACCAGCUGAGCUACAGAGAAAGUAUCUAUAUCUUCUAUGAGGCUGUUCAGGGAUUAAAAUUGUGGAUUUAAAAGAAACCAUGAGUCGUCAGCGUACAAUGACACCUUUGUUUUUAAUAAGCCCUGGAUUUAUAAUAAUAAUAAUAAUAAUAUGCCAUUUAGCAGACGCUUUUAUCCAAAGCGACUUACAGUCAUGCGUGCAUACAUUUUUGUGUAUGGGUGGUCCCCCUUGAUAUUAUUAUUGGAUCAAUGUUUAAUAGCUAACAUUUCGAUGGCCAUAAUAAAUACAGUGGGGAAAAAAAGUAUUUAGUCAGCCACCAAUUGUGCAAGUUCUCCCAUUUAAAAAGAUGAGAGAGGCCUGUAAUUUUCAUAAUAGGUACACGUCAACUAUGACAGACAAAAUGAGAAAAAGAAAUCCAGAAAAUCACAUUGUAGGAUUUUUAAUGAAUUUAUUUGCAAAUUAUGGUGGAAAAUAAGUAUUUGGUCAAUAACAAAAGUUUCUCAAUACUUUGUUAUAUACCCUUUGUUGGCAAUGACACAGGUCAAACGUUUUCUGUAAGUCUUCACAAGGUUUUCACACACUGUUGCUGGUAUUUUGGACCCAUUCCUCCAUGCAGAUCUCCUCUAGAGCAGUGAUGUUUUGGGGCUGUCGCUGGGCAACACAGACUUUCAACUCCCUCCAAAGAUUUUCUAUGGGGUUGAGAUCUGGAGACUGGCUAGGCCACUCCAGGACCUUGAAAUGCUUCUUGCGAAGCCACUCCGUUGCCCGGGCGGUGUGUUUGGGAUCAUUGUCAUGCUGAAAGACCCAGCCACGUUUCAUCUUCAAUGCCCUUGCUGAUGGAAGGAGGUUUUCACUCAAAAUCUCACGAUACAUGGCCCCAUUCAUUCUUUCCUUUACACGGAUCAGUCGUCCUGGUCCCUUUGCAGAAAAACAGCCCCAAAGCAUGAUGUUUCCACCCCCAUGCUUCACAGUAGGUAUGGUGUUCUUUGGAUGCAACUCAGCAUUCUUUGUCCUCCAAACACGACGAGUUGAGUUUUUUACCAAAAAGUUAUAUUUUGGUUUCAUCUGACCAUAUGACAUUCUCCCAAUCCUCUUCUGGAUCAACCAAAUGCACUCUAGCAAACUUCAGACGGGCCUGGACAUGUACUGGCUUAAGCAGGGGGACACGUCUGGCACUGCAGGAUUUGAGUCCCUGGCGGCGUAGUGUGUUACUGAUGGUAGGCUUUGUUACUUUGGUCCCAGCUCUCUGCAGGUCAUUCACUAGGUCCCCCCGUGUGGUUCUGUGAUUUUUGCUCACCGUUCUUGUGAUCAUUUUGACCCCACGGGGUGAGAUCUUGCGUGGAGCCCCAGAUCGAGGGAGAUUAUCAGUGGUCUUGUAUGUCUUCCAUUUCCUAAUAAUUGCUCCCACAGUUGAUUUCUUCAAACCAAGCUGCUUACCUAUUGCAGAUUCAGUCUUCCCAGCCUGGUGCAGGUCUACAAUUUUGUUUCUGGUGUCCUUUGACAGCUCUUUGGUCUUGGCCAUAGUGGAGUUUGGAGUGUGACUGUUUGAGGUUGUGGACAGGUGUCUUUUAUACUGAUAACAAGUUCAAACAGGUGCCAUUAAUACAGGUAACGAGUGGGGACAGAGGAGCCUCUUAAAGAAGAAGUUACAGGUCUGUGAGAGCCAGAAAUCGUGCUUGUUUGUAGGUGACCAAAUACUUAUUUUCCACCAUAAUUUGCAAAUAAAUUCAUUAAAAAUCCUACAAUGUGAUUUUCUGGAUUUUCUUUUCUCAAUAUGUCUGUCAUAGUUGACGUGUACCUAUGAUGACAAUUACAGGCCUCUCUCAUCUUUUUAAGUGGGAGAACUUGCACAAUUGGUGGCUGACUAAAUACUUUUUUUCCCCCACUGUAUAUAUCCCUAUAGUAGACAACCUUGUUUCACUCCUCUUGACAGUUUAAUAAGAUAUGAUUGUGAAGUUAUGACCACUCAGAUUGAUACAUACCACUUACACUGAGUGUACAUAACAUUAGGAACACCUGCUCUUUCCAUGACAGACUGACCAGGUGAAAGCUAUGAUCCCUUAUUGAUGUCACCUGUUAAAUCCACUUAAAUCAGUGUAUUCCUUGAGACAAUUGAGACAUGGAUUGUGUAUGUGUGCCAUUCAGAGGGUGAAUGGGCAAGACAAAAUAUUCAAGUGCCUUUGAACAGGGUAUGGUAGUAGGUGCCAAGCGCACCGGUUUGAGUGUGUCAAAAACUGCAACAAUGGCCUCCCGAGUGGCGCAGCGGUCUAAGGCACUGCAGUGCUUGAGGCGUCACUACAGUUCCGGGUUCGAUCCCAGGCUGUGUCGUAGCCGGCCGCGACCGGGAGACCCAUGAGUCAACGCACAAUUGGCCCAGCGUCGUCCGGGUUAGGGGAGGGUUUGGCUGGCCGGGAUGUCCUUGUCCCAUCGCGCGCUAGCGACUCCUGUGGCGGGCCGGGCGCAUGCACGCUGACACGUUCGCCAGUUGUACGGUGUUUCCUCCGACACAUUGGUGCGGCUGGCUUUCAGGUUAAGCGAGCAGUGUGUCAAGAAGCAGUGUGGCUUGGCAGGGUCAUGUUUCGGAGGAUGCAUGGCUCUCGACCUUCGCCUCUCCCGAGUCCAUACGGGAGUUGCAGCGAUGGGACAAGACUGCAAAUACCAAUUGGAUAUCACGAAAUUGGGGAGAAACAGGGGUAAAAAGUACCAAAAAAAUGCAACGCUACUGGGUUUCUCACACUCAACAAUUUCCAUUGUCUAUCAAGAAUAGUCCACCAACCAAAGGACAUCCAGCCAACUUAACACAACUGUGGGAAGCAUUGGAGUCAACAUGGGCCAGCAUUCCUGUGUAACGCCUUCGACACCUUGUAGAAUCCAUGCCCCGACGAAUUGAGGCUGUUCUGAGGGCAAAAGGGGGUGCAACUCAAUAUUAGAAAGAUGUUCAUAAUGUUUUGCACACUUAGUGUAUAUCCUCCUUAAAUCUAAUGCAAAUGUGUCAAACUCAUUCCACGGCAGGCCGAUGGUUUUCGCUCCUCCCUUGUCCUUGAUUGAUGAAUUAAGGUCACUGAUUAGUAAGGAAUUCCCCUCACAUGGUUGUCUAGGUCUUAAUUGAAAGGGGAAAAAAAAUAAACAGCAGACACUAGGCCCUCCAUGGAAUGAGUUUGACACCCCUGCUCUAAUGGGUCAAUGAGUCACACUGAUGGCUUUGAGUCACUUUUAACUCGUUAGUUAAUUAGAGUCUGGAUCGACUCCACAUAAUUAAACACUUCACCAGUCUAUUUACAGUUCAUUACACACCACUUCUCUCCUCUAUGUUGGUGUGAUGACAGUUGACUUCCUCUCUCCCAGGGUAAAGGGAAAAUGAACACAUAUUGGCUGAUCGGACACAAGAACUACAGUGUUCAGAACGACAGUCUUGUGUGCCACUGGAACCCCAAUCUAGCCAGAAAGAAGAAGACACUGGUGGGGAGCGACAUUUCUAUGGCGAACGUGAGUGCAUUACACCCUAGGCAAGGGUCGUUAGUACAUUAAUGUAUUACACCUGUUGAUUAUCAGCCCAAAAUUGGAACUAGCUCUCUCACCUUUUUCCUCCCCUAUCUUUCUUUCUCCUACCCCUCUCUCUCUCUGUCACUCUCCCUCCCUCCCACUUCCAUCUCUCCUACCUCCCUUCCUACCUUCCCUCCUCCUACCCCCUUCCCUCUAUUCUACCCCCCCCCCCCCCCCCCCCCCCACCCCCCCCCCCCCAGUCCUGUGUGACAGUGCAGAGCCUCAGUGAGAACGCUACCACUCCCGUGCCUCAGGGCUCCAAGGCCCAGCAGGGGGCCCUGUGUGUGUCCGUGUCAGCCCAGGUGGAGCACUGCGCCAGCAGCUUCGGUACCCUGGGCUCAAUGAUCGGGGGCCUCCAGGGACUAGAGAGCCCCAGGGAAGGGAAAGCCCGCGGGGGGACGGGAGGAGACAAACCGGACCUGCUGCCUGGAUCUGGAACCAUCCCUCAUAUGUGA